AGAUACUUGGACCAAAACGCCUCAGCGCUUGCCAUGGAGUCAAGUCGCGUGCAGCGGACGCUGGGGCGCCUCGCCGGGCGGCGCCCAGUCGCCUCGACCGGGGGGCCGGGCUUGGUGGUGGACCGCCGCGGGGCGAAGCUGCGGCGCAUGUCUGCCAGCGGAGAAGUGGAAGAGACGCUUCUGCUAGGUGCCGCGUGCUCGGAAGUCUUCAGCGGACCGCGAUUGGCGAAGGUGCUGCGGCCAGCGGUGGAGCAUCAACUGCGGGCAGUGGAGCAACUGGAGAAAGAUGAGCCCUGGGUGCCCAUGUCAAUGCACACCAGCGCAGGCCUCCCAGGCCCCAUCGCAGACUUCUUAGAUUGCCUGGAGAAGGAGCUGCCGUGGACAGGCACAGAUUGGUUUGUGAACUUCCAGCAGGAAGGAUCCACGGCUGUGUGGGCUGGCGUGGAGGCCUUAGCGCAUCUCUACGCGAAAGGUCCGCAUCCCAAGUGCAAGAACGUCGCUACGCGACCAUCCACCUGCAUCGUGGGCAUUGGUGGGUCCUCAUAUCACGGGCCCAAAACUACGGCUUUGGGCCAACCCGCGCAGCCUCGAUGGCCAAACGCGCCGCGUACUAGCGGGCAGGCCUCCUACCCCCUUCCCCCUUUCGAGGCUGAGGGCGCGGAGAAUGGAAGAUAUCUGGAGCAGUUCGACGCCUUUCUGGCGGAGAAUCCGGACAUCGGCGUUUUUGUCUUCGAGCCCCAGUGGGGCUCCAGCCGUCUGGCUUGCACCUGGGACCCGUGCCUGCUGAAGCAGGUUAUCGACAAGUGCCAGCAGUCUGGCGCCUACGUGCUCUGCGAUGAGAUCAUGUGCGGAUUAGGUCGCCACGGCCAGGGCACAUUGUUCCUGAGCCGCGCUUGGGGCCUAAGCCCCGAUGCCGUGACCUUCGGAAAAUCCGUCUCGUCAGGCACCUUCUCGCUGUCUGGCGUGGCCGUUGGGCAUGGCUCUGAAGCGUUGCGGGAAGCUGGCGCGAGGA